GACAUGUCGCGAUUUAUUAUAUUUUGUGUGUUUUUAACAAUUGUAAGUGCUAAUGAACAAACGAGAGUAGUGGAGUUGGACGAAGGGGCUGUUAUUGGUGAGAAAUAUUGGAAUGGCGACUAUUUCGAAUUCUAUGGAGUUCCGUAUGCUACGGCGCCCUCGGGACGGGACAAGUUUAAGGCACCAUUGCCAGUUAAACGACGAAAAAAUGCAAUGCAAGCGAGUACAAAAAACAUAAUAUGUCAACAAGUGUACUACACUGGUGAAGAUGAUGACAUAACACUCUAUGGCAAAGAGAAUUGUCUCACAAUGAACUUAAUGGUUCCAAAUAAAGCAAGCGAAAAGAACUUGGUACCAGUGCUAGUGUAUAUUCAUAGUGGUGCUUUUGCUGGAGGCAAUGGCAACAUGGCGAGAACCCAAUACUUAUCAAGACAUGAUGUCAUAGUUAUUACUUUUAACUACAGAUUAGGAGCAAUAGGUUUCGCUUGCUUGGGCACAGAAGAAACUCCCGGUAAUGCAGCAUUAAAGGAUCAAGUAGCAGCUUUACGGUGGAUUAAUAAGAAUAUCAAGAAAUUCGGAGGUAACCCUAAAAAGGUUACGGUUGCUGGAUUUAGUGUUGGUGCAACAAUGGCCGAGUUAUUAGCACUAUCCAAAACUACAACUGGUUUAAUAGAUAAGAUCAUUCUAGAAAGCGGAUCAGCAUUGGCACCUUUUGCAAUAAAUAGAGAUCCAGUCAGCACAGUGAAAAACGUAGCUGUAUCUAUAGGUUACAAUGAUACUGGAAACUUGAAAGAUUUGAAUGAGUUCUUUCUCAAUGCACCAGUAGCUAAUAUCACUGCGAAAAGCCUAAACUUUUUCCUUACAAAUAGCACAUUCGGUUUUGCACCAUGCAUUGAAAAUGUUUUUGAGAAUACAGAAGCAUUUCUCACAGAAUCACCAUUAGAUAUAUUGAGUAAAGGUGGACUUGAAGUAUCAGUUUUAACAGGUUUCUCUAAUAUGGAAGGCAUUUCGAGAGAAUCUAGAUUCGAAGAAUGGAGUGAACUGAUGAAUAAAGAUUUCAGUCAAUUUCUUCCAGCAGAUUUAGCUUUUAAAGAUGACAAAACGAGAGAUAACUUUAUAAAUGAAAUAAAAAAAUACUAUUUUAAAAAUAAAGAAGUAUCUCUUGAUAACGUACAAGGUUACGUAGAUUAUUUCUCAGAUUCUAUGUUUAAGUACUCGAUUUUAAAGUCAGCAAAAUUGCAUGCAGCAAGAAGUAAAAAAUCCGUGUAUUUAUAUGAGUUUUCGUAUGUUGGAAAGUUGAAUACGAGACAUAAUUUUGUGGACAGAAUAGACGGCGCCAGCCACCGGGAUCAAACUGCAUAUAUUUUAGACUUCUUUACAGCUACACAGAAGGUUAGAGAUCUAAACACACGAGACCGUCUUACAUAUAUGUGGACUGAUUUUGUUAAAUACGAUGACCCGACUGCUUAUGAAAGUCCUUUAAUCGACUUCAAAUGGCUGAAGUAUUCAAAUGAGCAACCUAAUUAUUUGUCUAUUAACGAUAAACUAGAAGUGAAGAGAGAUUUGUUGGCUAAUAGUUAUGAAUUUUGGAACAACGUCUAUGAAAAGUAUUAUUGGAAUCCAUCUGCACCGAAGAAAUAAAAUAUGAAGAGACAGUAAUUGUAAAUAAUAAAUUUGAAUGUACAA